GUAUAGACGUGUUUACUAUUUGCUGACUUGCUGCUGAGCUACGUGCGUAUCUGCUUUGAACGCCAAUUUGCAAUAAUCAUACCCCUAUCCCUACGAAGGCAAUGGACCAGCGAGCCGCAAUUCCCGUUACUCUGCCCAGGGGAAAUCCCACGCAGAGCUACUGGCAGCUUGAGCCAGACGAGAUUGCCGACCUGCAGUCGACCACCUCGCUGCCGGAAAAGGCAGACACCGUCAUCAUCGGCAGCGGGAUUACCGGCGCCGCAGUGGCUUUCAACCUGCUGAGCAAUGGCGCUCGCGACAUCGUCAUGCUGGAGGCUCGGCUAGCCUGCUCCGGCGCCACCGGACGGAAUGGGGGCCACACCAAAGCAGCAUCCUAUCGCUCGUUCCUCGAUCACGAGCGAGAGUACGGCACGGCCACGGCGGUGAAGAUCGCCCGCCUGGAGCACGCCAACAUCCGCGCCGUCCACGCCUUCGCCAAGGAGCACGGGAUCCAGUGCGACAGCAACCCGUGCGGCACCGUGGACAUCGUGUACGACGCGGCGCAGUGGGAGGCGGACCAGCGCGCGGUCCAGGCGAUGCAGGCGGCCAUGCCGGACGACGACGCGGCCAAGUACACGAUCCACAGCGCGGCCGAGGUCCGAGAGAAGUUCUUCUGCGGCCGGGGCGGAGACGAAGGCGUGUGCGGCGCCAUCUCGUACGAGGCGGGCAGCAUCAGCGCGUACAAGUUCACCGUCGGCGUGCUCAAGCUGUGCCUGGACAAGAAGCUCAACCUGCAGACCAACACGCCGGCGCUGCGGCUCGAGAAGCUGGCCGGCGGCGGCUGGAAGGUCGAGACCCCGCGCGGCCCGAUCAGGGCGCAGAAGGUCAUCCUCGCGACGAACGGGUACACGGCGCACCUGUGGAAGCGGUUCCAGGGCGUGAUCGUGCCGCUGCGGGGGCACGUGACGGCGCAGCGGCCGGGGCAGGGCCUGCCGGCGGGGGGGCUGCCGACGACGUACAGCUUCGUGUACGCGGGGGGGUACGACUACCUGAUCCAGCGGCGGCCGGGGCGGGGGGCGCCGGGGGCGGGGGACGUGGUGAUCGGCGGGGCGCUGGUGCGGGGCGCGGCGGAGGGGGCGUCGGAGUUCGGGACGACGGACGACACCGAGUUCGACGACAUCAUCGUGCGGGCGCUGUACAACAGCCUGCCGCGGUACUUCGGCGACCGCUGGGGCGCCGACCACGCCGACGGCCGCGUGCGCCGCGCCUGGACCGGCAUCAUGGGCUACAGCCCCGACGGCCUGCCCUUCGUCGGCGAGGUCCCCGGCGAGAAGGGCCUCUGGGUCGCGGCCAGCUUCCAGGGCCACGGCAUGGUCCUGUGCUGGAUGUGCGCCCGCGCGCUCGCGGCCCUGGUCCAGCGCCGCGGGGUCGACGCCCUGAGCGACUGGUUCCCCGACGUCUACAAGAUUACGGAGCAGAGGCUCGGCCUGACAUUCAAGGGCCGCCUCCACGUUUGAUUUCUGUGUAUUAUUAUAUGUCUAGUGCUACGCAUUGGGAUGGAUGAAUGAACGGGCCCGGAGGCAAAUUGAGCCUA